CGGGGGCAAAGUUGUCAAUCCACCAAAAGCCCGUUAGUUAAAUCUUCCCCAUCUAUUCCCAUCUCCCUCCCCAAGCAACAUCACCAACACACCAUCAUCCAUGAGGGGAAACAAGCAGAGUAAGAUGAGUGAGGACUGAGGAGAUGCAGCUGCCCUGGAAAGAAGCCAUCAUUUGCUACCAAAUGCAGCAUGCACAUGCUUAGCAGCUCCUGCAGCAGGAGAAGUUGCAUGUCAAGAGAGACAACAAAGAGGAGGAGACGAAAUCCAUCAUCACCACCAUAUAAUUAGCAUUGCUCCAUCCAUGUCCUACGAUCAGAUACUCUCAAUUCUUGGAGUCGGAGGCAUGCGCAAGGCGGCGGCGGCGGCGGCAACCAUUUCGAGGGGGCAGAGCAGCAACAUCACAAGGCAGAUCCUCAAGUGCACGAGGUGGCAGCUGGAGGAGACCACCGACUUCAUCACAUGCCCCUACCACUACUACUGCGACAGCUCCUACCCCGGCGACUACUCAGCCUCCAUCGGCGGCUUUGUGGCAGCUUUCGCCGCCUACUGUAUUCUCUCCGCCGCAGUGUUCACCGUCCUAGAUAUCGCCAGGAGUGGCACGGGCGUCGGAAGGAUCAAGAGAAAGUACCUGGUGCCCUCGGGGCCAUUCCUGCUGCCGCUGCUGCUCCUGAUUCUUGCCAAGGGGCAGCGACUGAAUGUUGUGUUCCCAAUCGCGCAGCUCGGCCCGGCAUUGCUGCUGACGCUGCAGGCGUCAGCGCUGGCGUUCCGGAACGAGGCCGACGGGGACCUACGCUACGCCGUGCUCGAGGCGUCCACCGUGUCGGGCAUCCUGCAUGCCUGCCUGUACCUUGACGCUGUCGUGCUGCCGUACUACACCGGGACGGACGCGCUCCGGUGGUCGCGGUUCUCUGGCGAGUGCGCGACGUGCCUCUGCCGAAUGGAGCCGCUGGUCGUCGGCGGCCGGACCGUGCUGUACCGGGGGCUGUCCAAGACGGCGCUGGCCGUCAUCUUCGCGCUGUGCUCGAGGAUGGUGUGCCGGAUCUACGGCGAGGAGCGGCUCAGCGCGUGGACGCGCUCGGCCCUUGAGAGCGCCAGCUGGGUGUUCGUCGCCGGUGACGCCGUGUACCUCGCGGGAUGGGCGGUGGAUGAGGGCGCCGCGGCGAGCGUGGCCGUGUACGGGCUCGUCGCCGCGCUGGUGUUCUUGUGUGUGUUCGGGAAGAUAUACAGGCUCUUAGCAUGGAUGGAGACCAGGCAGCAGGUGCAGUUCAAACCGAGCCUCAGCUGCCACAGUGUGGUUUGAUGACUAAUUGGGUCUCCUAAUUUCCUCUCUCUUUCUUGGGGUUAGUUUCAUUGUUUUUCUGAUUCAGAGAAAAAAGGUUUAAAUUUUCUUAUUGUCUUAUUGUUUUCACUUAGUGUUGAAUACUUUCUGGUGUCGCGAAUUGUUUGUUUCUCCUGUUUCAGCAACAGAGACAGAGACACACAAUUGUUUAUUCAUUUGGGAGUAUUUUCAGUAAGCAGUUUCUUGCAAAUAAUUUUGUUUCCACAGCGUGAAUGAAUUGCUUAAUGAUUUUGA